CAAAUCACGUAACGGAAACAAACCUCAGAGCUAAAACAGCAGAGCUGCCGCCGAGAGCCCGCGCGCUCAGUUUUAUUGCGAUCUGCAGGGGCGAGGCCGCGGAUGAGAUGAAAUUGGAAAUUCAUUCGGUGUUUUUCGUGUUGGUGGUCCUUACCGGCUCAUCGCAGACAAGAGGUCAGAGCAGUGCUUUGCCCCCUGUCCUCAACCCGGCUGACCUCCCAAGUCAUUCUGGCACCUCGACAUCUCCUGACCUGACAGAGGAUCCUGGGAAUGAGGUCCCAAAGGGGACACAUAAUCCUGCAGGCAGGGAUGCAACCUCAACUGAAACCACAACCAUUACCGAGACCGAAGGAAGAGUCGGUUCAGAGACCGCGACAAAUGCAGUAUUGAACACCCACUUGUUGAGCACAAGCUCUGCAGCCGAAACAUCCCAACACACCAACGUACCCGUUGUCACGACCGCUCACACGGGCACUGCCUCCUCUUCAGCUGCUGCCGACAGCCUUUCAUCCACACCAGCGCUACGGAGCACCGCCCCUCUUCGCGGCGCCUCCACCGCCGAAAGCAGAACGCUCCUGACCAGAGAUCCCACCACCACCUUUUCAUCUCAGCCGGCCCACACAGUGCAGGAUGCAAGCUCCACAGCCCACGCCUCCACCACCCAGCCACAGGCUGAAUCACAGACCACAAACCUUCCUCUGACCUCAGCUCCAGGCCAGGGCCCUGCUGGGACAACACACCAGGAGGUCCCAUCUGAACUUAAUAUUGGAGAUGAAGACUUCAACGGGUCCAAGUACCACUUGAGCUCUCCGUUAGACCCCCUGCUGGCUGGUCUGCUGUCACUGUUCAUUGUCACCACUGCUAUCGUCUUUGUCAUCCUCUUCCUCAAGUUCCGCCAGCGGACUAACCACCCAGAAUUUCAUCGGCUGCAGGAUCUCCCCAUGGAUGAUUUGAUGGAGGACACGCCACUCUCCAGAUACACCUACUGAUGGAAGCGUCCUGUCCAUCCUUUCAACCACUCAGAGGUAACAGAAGCAAAGCAGACACCAAACGAAGACCAGUGUGGAUGUGAGCAAAGCCUUUUCCUGAUGCAGCUGCAGCUCUGCUGAUGAGUUUCCCCUUGUGACUGAGGUUUUUGUAUCGCUUCAACUUUUUUCCACAUUCCCUUUAAAGUUAAGGAGAUCUUCAGUCUGGUGGGCACCUUAUGUUUUUUCUGUAUCCCUGACUUGACUCCUUAUGUACGCACAGCACUUUAAAUGUGGCACUAAUGGUCACAAUGCCCUCUAGGGGACAUAUGAGGUCAUGUGGAUCAAGGUUGCAUUAAGUCCUCCAAUGUAAAGUAAUUAACAAACCUCAGGUUCUCCAGUAAGAAAUAAGACAGUGAUGGACAAAGACAGAAUGAGGAUAUAAAGUGGUUUUUAGACACAUGGAAAAGUUGUCAACAUGCCCCAAACAAUUGAGGAAUAUUAAUUUUGAUCCCGCAGGUGACCAAGUAUUAGUACUUUCACACCAAACUGCCAGGUUGCACGCGUUGUCUUAAAGCCGAGGUCCUGCAGAAAAUCUACACCAAAUUCAAAAGAAGCAGGUGAUUUCACAUUUCAAGAUUUUCAUCUUUAGAAGAACAGACCAGUUCUCUUCCAGUAGAAGCCUGUCAUCAUUCAACUGCUCAAAUUUCCCCAGAUUAUAUGUGGCAAAUAUUUAUUGUUGCUGCCUUUAAUGUGUAGUUAUACAUGCUUUGGAAGUUGUAUCAUCAUAGUCUGAUGCUGGUAUAUAAAACUUGAAUUGGCUAUUCUGUUCUUAAUGAUGAAUAUUUAAUCCACCAAUGGACUUUAAUAUGAGUAAAUUGUAAAGGUAAAACAAGCUCUUAUUGUUAAAUGUGUUCACUUUCAUAGAGGAUGUAUUUGUUUGCACGCAUAGCAUUUGUUCAGAGGUGGAGACAAUGAGAAGCAGCAUCAGGGAAGUUUGUUAUUACCUGUAUCUGUAUUAAUUGGAGUAUCAUUCAGAUAAACUGUUGUAUUUGAGUUUUUACCUAGUGUGACUUUACUGUUAAGUGCCAACACUGAUGUAUGGUAAUGUGGCAUUGAAAUGUAGACUGUAAGAUUUUAUUGAUAUAAGGAUUUCCUGUUUAAUAAUAAAACAGAAACCACUAUGAAGCCCCAGGUUGCACAUGCUUAACAGGGGUGGGGUGUUUUUUUUUUUACAACACUAGUGAUAUGAGGGUGAGCUUUUAAACAUUAUGCUUUGUCACUGUAACUUGUGUGAAGGCCAGUUUCCUUUGUCAAAUAUGAUUAAGUUGUGCAAGUACUUUAAGAUCAAUAGCUCUGCAGUUACUGAAUCUGCCUGGAUGAUUAAUGUGGACUUUGAACAAUAACUCAGCUU